AUGUACUACACCCUCCAAACUCUUCUACGUGCUACACCCCCCCCCCCCCAAACUCUUCUACCUGCUACCCCUCCCAAAAAUCUUCUACGUGCUACACCCUCCCAAAACUCUUCUACAUGCUACACACUCCAAAAACUCUUCUACGUGCUACACCCUCCCAAAACUCUUCUACGUGCUACACCCUCCCAAAACUCUUCUACGUGCUACACCCUCCCAAACUCUUCUACCUACCACACCCUCCCAAAAGUCUUUUACGUGCUCCACCCUCCUAAAACUCUUGUACGUGCCACACCUUCCCAAAACUCUUCUACGUUCUACACCUUCGCAAAACUUUUCUACCUACCACACCCUCCCGAAACUCUUCUACGUGCCACACCCUCCCAAAACUCUUCUACGUGCCACACCUUCCCAAAACUCUUCUACGUUCUACACCUUCGCAAAACUUUUCUACCUACCACACCCUCCCGAAACUCUUGUACGUGCCACACCCUCCCGAAACUCUUGUACGUGCCACACCCUCCCGAAACUCUUGUACGUGCCACACCCUCCCGAAACUCUUGUACGUGCCACACCCUCCCGAAACUCUUGUACGUGCCACACCCUCCCGAAACUCUUGUACGUGCCACACCCUCCCGAAACUCUUGUACGUGCCACACCCUCCCGAAACUCUUGUACGUGCCACACCCUCCCGAAACUCUUGUACGUGCCACACCCUCCCGAAACUCUUGUACGUGCCACACCCUCCCGAAACUCUUGUACGUGCCACACCCUCUCGAAACUCUUGUACGUGCCACACCCUCUCGAAACUCUUGUACGUGCCACACCCUCUCGAAACUCUUGUACGUGCCACACCCUCUCGAAACUCUUGUACGUGCCACACCCUCUCGAAACUCUUGUACGUGCCACACCCUCUCGAAACUCUUGUACGUGCCACACCCUCUCGAAACUCUUGUACGUGCCACACCCUCCCGAAACUCUUCUACGUGCCACACCCUCCCGAAACUCUUCUACGUGCCACACCCUCCCGAAACUCUUCUACGUACCACACCCUCCCGAAACUCUUCUACGUACCACACCCUCCCGAAACUCUUCUACGUACCACACCCUCCCGAAACUCUUCUACGUACUCCCCAAGUCAGGAUAAUUCACCAAACGAACAACCCAUUACAGAAAACAUACUAA